AUGGCGCUGAGGUUCCUGAAUGGGACUCGUUUUCCGGCUUGGCAGGAGCGGUCUUGCUGGUGGGCUGAGCAAGGCUUGCCGUUCCUGCCGAUCGUGGCUGAGGGCUCUGGGGGCGGGUGGGGGCCCACAGCCCAGAAAGUGUUCGCUGUCCUGGGUAGGGCCCUGGCUGCGCGCAGCGGCGACCUGGCGGCAAUCGAGACCGACCGCCUGGGGCAGGUCAUGUCCUUCACCUUACAACGUGAAAACGCCCGCGCUGUCCUCCGCCGGCGUGCGGUGGAUUGCGCACGGCCGGCCUGCUUGCCAGCCCCUUGA